UUCCUCAGACUCUCAUUCAGUUUUAGAGUGUUAACGGUGGUGCAUAUAUAAUUUUGUACAUUUUAAAAAUAUCAGGUUCUUGCUUGCUUAUAAACAGUCGCCAAUGAUGUUUACGAAGAUAAGCCAUUUCUGCUUAUUAGCAACAUUUGUGUCAAGUGUUCUGUUGGCCACAUCGCAGGAAAUUCUACAGAAUGAUGUUGAAAAACUAGAAGUCCAAGUGUACUAUGAGACUUUGUGCUACGAUAGCAUGACAUUCAUCUUUAGACAACUGUAUCCGUCAUGGGAUAAUAGAAAAGAGUACAUGGACCUGAAGCUAAUACCGUACGGUAAAGCCAUUCACAACUUAAACACGACCACUGGUGAAUGGAUAAUUGAGUGUCAACAUGGUUCAGCAGAAUGUAAAUUAAAUAGAGUACACGCUUGUAUUUUGGAUAGUUUACAAUUUGAUUUAGCAUUCCGACUGAUAACUUGUGGAAUGAGAAGCUUCCGAGCAACGCUUGAAGAGUGUGCUCCUAGGAUGCGUGUUAACUUGGAGCAAAUAUACUCAGAAUGUGCAAAUGUGACAAAAGGAACCGAACUUUUGGUGAACUAUGGCGACCAGACGAAAAAAAUCAGUUUAUCAUUCGUACCAUCUGUAGGAAUUGACAAGAUUUACGAUUACGAUGAACAGCCAGAUAUACUACAAAAUUUUGACUUAAUCUUUUGUCAAAAAUAUUUUGUUAAAUUCAAUAAAGUUCUGGAUGGUUGUAGCGUCACAGAUGCUAAAUCCAAUUAAGUUUGCAAAUCAA